AUGUGUUUGUUCAAUAACGUGGAAAAAGGAACGAGAGGGGAUAAAGUGUGGUGGACAGAACAGAAUGAGGUGGAAGGAGAUGCAGACCGAGGCUGCAACAGGAGAGGUCACCAACCACGGACCAGCCGGAGCGGAGGCCACGGUCGCGGGUCCGGCGCCUGGGACCUGAGCGCAAGCCAGGCCGCGCUUCCGCAGCCGGCGCCCUUCGCCCGGGGCGUGGCCUCGCGCGGCCCCGACACCAAGAGAAAUUGGCCUCAGCUCCUACACUCAAGGACGCCCUUUCUGAGGAAGGAACGUGGGGGUGUGGAUGUGCCGUGGGCCGGUGGGCCGGGGCGACGGCAGCACACCCCUGCCUCUGUGUGCUUGUGUUGGGGCAAUUGUGGGGACGCAGGGCGCCCGGCUGGCCGCAGUCUCUCCCUUGCCACCCUUGACUCUGCGGAAUGUCCGGCUGAGCUUCGGCUGUCCUUCCCGGGCUCUGGCUGCGCUCGCCCUUACUCCGUCUCUCGCCUCAUCUCUGUCGUUCUUUGCAUUUUCGUAUCUCUGGGUCUCUGUGUGUCUCUGCGACCCCCACCCCCACCCCCCUCGCGCCCAGCAGACGUGUCCCGGGCCGUGGAGCUACUGGAGCGGCUCCAACGCAGCGGAGAGCUGCCCCCGCAGAAGCUGCAGGCCCUACAGCGAGUCCUGCAGAGCCGCUUCUGCUCCGCUAUCCGAGAGGUGUAUGAGCAGCUCUAUGACACGCUGGAUAUCACCGGUAGUGCUGAGAUUCGGGCCCACGCCACAGCCAAGGCCACAGUGGCUGCCUUCACAGCCAGCGAGGGCCAUGCACAUCCCAGGGUAGUGGAGCUGCCUAAGACAGAUGAGGGCCUGGGCUUCAACAUCAUGGGCGGCAAGGAGCAGAACUCACCCAUCUACAUCUCCCGAGUCAUCCCCGGCGGCGUGGCUGACCGCCAUGGAGGCCUCAAGCGUGGGGACCAACUGCUGUCAGUGAACGGUGUGAGCGUGGAGGGUGAGCAGCAUGAGAAGGCGGUGGAACUGCUGAAGGCGGCCCAGGGCUCGGUGAAGCUGGUAGUGCGUUACACGCCUCGAGUGCUGGAGGAGAUGGAGGCCCGAUUCGAGAAGAUGCGCUCUGCCCGCCGGCGCCAGCAGCACCAGAGCUACUCGUCCUUGGAGUCUCGAGGCUGAAACCACAGUUCUGGACCCUAACUCUCUCCCUUGUACAGUAUUUAUUGUCACUGGCUCCUUAUUUAAAGAUCUUUGAUCCUC